UCCCCCUUCACCUAGCGAAAACGAAAUCAAGCUGAACUUGCGCAUGUCGUUGUUCUUAAUAUGACGCUAAUGUAAUAUAUAGACAGGAACAUUUAAAUAUUUAAUAUUAUCAUAAUUCGAGACAGGUGUGGACAACGUCCCGAUACAGAUAUACGGACGCUAGAUAUUAUGAAGGAGUAACAUAAAAACUUUAACUUACAGUAGGUAUACGCACACAUUUCAAAAUAAACUCUCGCAACUAGACAGAUAAUAGACAAUAACUCAUGUACAUUUUAGAGCACCAAAGCUACAUUACUACAUAGCUACGAAAAUAUACUUCCAGGUUUGUCACUCGAAUUACGUAAUUUACCAUGGACAAGCUCGGAAGGGGUACCUGGAUUAGUGUAGGUGUGGGAGCCGCCGCGGGGACGGUACUGGUCAUAUUUAUGGUUUUCAAAGAAAGGAAAAGGAGAAGAGAAGAAAGGGGGAAAAUACCUCAGAGGGAGCGGUCGGCUCCGCGCGUGCCGGGCGGCGUCGCCAUUGUGAGCGCGGGAGCGCGUGAGGGGUCAGCCUGUGACAGUGCUGCUGGGGGAGCAGCGCUGGUGCUGCCCAAUCAGCAGGGGGAGCUGAGACAUUGGCUGGAUGAGGUGCUCCACUGUGUGGCUGACCUGCAGGGAGAGGUGGCCGAACUGAGGGGUAGCCUCCAGGGCAUCGCAGUGCAAAUUGUCCAGGAUGUCAAGGCCAGCCUGGAGGAGAGCCAGAAGGCUGCUCGCCGCCGUAGGCACCUCCUUCCACGGGAGCGUACUGAGUCCAUGAGCUCCAGCUCCAUCUACUUUACCGCUAGUGCGGUCAGCAUGUACGAUGGUGAAAGUGAAGGCGGGUACACCACUGCCAACCCGGAAUCUGAUUACAAUGCAGACACAGAUCGGGAGACAGACAAAGAGAUGGAAAGGGAGAGUGAGGACGAGGAAGAGCAGAGCUGUGCGACAGUGAGAACGUUGAGAAAGGACUCCUGCGCGGAAGAAGAGGAGAUGGGGCUCACGCCGCCGCCGGACCCUGAGUUGCCUGGUGGGGAGCUGGCACAGCUUCUCUCCCAGAGCGAUGCCCUGCAUGCUGGAAGUGCUCAGGAGAAGGCCGAGGGCUACCAGCUGCUGCGGUCAAGCCAACCCCAGUUUGGAGAAGAUGCAGAGUUCUUGUGGCGGCUGGCCCGUGCUUACAGUGACAUGUACGAGACCACAGACGACGUGGAGGAGAAGAAGGCCUACAUGGAACAAGGACGGGACGAGGCCGAAGCAGCUCUGCAGAGAGAUGGCCUCAGCGCAGAGGGCCACAAAUGGUUUGCAGUUCUCGCCAGCACGACGUCCCACCAUGAGACCAUGCACAGUAAACUCAAAAGCAGCCUCAUACUCAAGGAACAUGUGGACCGGGCAAUGGCGUUGAACCGUGAAGAUGCUCAGUGCUUCUACUUACUGGGGAAGUGGUGCUAUGAGAUCUCCACCCUGGGUUGGCUUGAGAAGAAGGCUGCCGCCGCUCUGUAUGAGACCCCACCCACCGCUACCAUGCAGGAUGCCCUGGAGAACUUCCUGAAGGCCGAAGAGUUGUGCCCAAGCUCCUCCAAAACACUGAGGCUUUAUAUUGCCAAGUGUCACAAGGAUCUCGGGAACAUUUCUGAAGCUGAGAAGUGGUUCCAGCUUGCGUCACAGAUGAAGGGUGUCCCCGGUGUGGGCAAAGAUGGCGCCAGUCUGGAAGAAGCAGUAGCGGAACUGCAGAACUGAGGGUUUUGUGUUCCAGGGGAAACAAAUGGUGACGUGCGAGCAUGUGAGGAGCCACCGGCUCGGCCGUUGACCUCAACGCUGGAUGUGUCUUUUUUGGGGGGAGGGGGUGUGUGUGAUUAACAUACUGACAUCUUCAUAGUGGCCUGUGACAAGCUGACACCCCUGUGCUUACCGUCCCCUAUUCCUUUCAUAAAAGUGAUCAUUUGUUUGCUUUGCGAAGGAAAUUGCCAUGUGAGGAAGUAACCACUGCUUCUCCCUGGAGGUCCCAGCAAGGAGGGAAAGCGGGCCUUGAGCUGCCUUCAACAGAGAUGAAGGCUUACUAUGCCUGAUUAAAUAGGUCAUCGUUUUAGGGUGCAGCUCAGGUCACUGCGCUACAGACACAGGCGUGUCAAACACAAUGUAAACCAUACAAUUUAAUAGUAAAACCGCAGUUCUGCUCCUUCUGCAUACACCACGCAGUGACUGUCUGUGCUGAAGGCUUUCCCUGAUGUGUGUGUGUAAUUUUAAACAAACGCUGUGUCGUCGAGCCCUAAUUAAAUUGGUAGGGGCAGCGUGGUAAUUGUAAUGUCAACUGGAACAACGUUUGGAGUCUUGAGCAACCCCUCUGGGAGUGAUAUAAUACUAGAGAGCCUUCGCAGAGAAAGGGAAAAAUAUUUUAGGGCUAACCAAAACACCCAGAGGAGCGUCACAGGGCCAUUCUGGAACACAUUAUGUCCAACGGUCGAACGCCAACUCGGCCUUCCUGCUAUUUUGAUUUAUGCACAAUCGAGUCUUUUGUCUGGGGGUUGUCUAAGAGAGCUGCGAUUGACUUGCUUAGAGACGUGGAGGACCAAUUAAAGGAAGGAUAGGCCUCGCUGCACUCACAGCCAGGAGCUGACAUUCUCCACACCGGUGCCAAAAAUGACAACCAGUUAAGUUCAAGAAAAAACUCCCGCCUGCCUUGUUUGGGGUUUGUGUCAUUAGGCGCUGUAGUUACUCUUUGUUAUAGCUGUGUCUGUCUUUGCUCUGAGUACAGAAAUUAUCUUUCCCUUUUUUAAUUUUUCCUACACUAAUUGGCUUCCUGUUUCUAUAACUGUUCUCGUAAAACAUUGGCGUUAUCCUUGUCGACAGAGUGUGUCCGCUUUGUAAUCAGAGUAAUGUCUUCUGAAAUCACCUCAUUCUUUUUGUCCUUAGAAAUAUGUUAACCAAAGCUAUGCACCACUGUAAAAUGUAAUUUUCCCAUUUGCCUUUGUGUUGCAUGGGAAAUCACCUCAAACAUGCCCGCAGGAAUCUGUAUCUGGUAUAGGGAAUGUAAUUUUUAGUCUUGCGAAUUCUGAAUAACCACUACAGUAGUGUGUUUUGGCGUGAGGGCACGUUGUACUGGCGAGGGCUGAAAAUCGAGCCGUGCACUUUCUGUGAACCAUGAAGUCAUUCUGCUGAUUCUUUUUAUUUUUAAUUAAUUUUUCUAUGAUUGUGUAGAGGUGGUUGGGAAGGAGAAUAAUGUGGAUGAAGAGGGAACACCUCUCUAUUCAGCUCCUGCCUCUCAUACACUGUGCUGUGGAGACAGGAAGUGAAGUGAGUGCUGGGGAUUGUGGGUGCUGAUGUUGGAUUUCCAUCUGCAUGCUGAUCUCCAGGCAGGUAUGUGUUUGAGGAUUUAAGGUCUCAGCUGAUGUGUUGGUUUUGGUUUAAGGUGUGCUAGGUUAAACACUAGUUAAAAACUAGUGCCAGUGUUGAUGGAUUUGGCUAAAGAGACUCACUGCCGUCAAAUCUGAGUCACCAUGGGAAAGUACUAUAUCCAAAUUAAACAUUUUGCCACAGAAGGUCGGUAGGUUUGCUGGUUAAUGCCAAGCAAAGGUUUCCCACCUCAGAACUUCGAUGGUGUCAGAGGUCAGCUUCUGUAGCUUUCGCAGAUUUCGGCACUUCAGUCCUACUGUGGCCUGUAGUUAGUAUUUCUCCUGAACAUCUGACGCGACUGUAUGACUGGGACUGACUGGGACUGACUGGGACUGACUGGGACUGACUGGGACUGACUGGGAAGGAGAAGAGCACCUAAAACAGCAGGUUUUUAUGACUGCAUUUUAACAAAUUCGUUUAUGUGCCGGGAUUAUCACCAUCUGUGCUGUGGUUGAAUUUGUGUUUGUGUGUGUGUGUGUGUGUGUAUGUUUUUAAAACAUGCAGUGGUUCCAGAUUUGUUGAAAUUCCAUAUUUUUUGUACAGUUAAGGGAAAUUGUCAGGGUGUCCCUGUUGUUGUACAGUUUUGCUGUUUGACAGUGUGUACAUGAUAGGUUCCUAAGCUGCUGCACCAUUAAAUCAGGGGUCAGUUUUGCACAUGGAGAUGCUUGAGAUUAAAUGAUCAUUAGGAAUGAAGGAUAGCAUGUGUUAGAAUGCCCUGAAAAAUUAAAUGAUAUGAUGGGGUCUGAUUCUGCAUCAUUAGCAAGUACAGUGAACUUUGUUGGCAUUCCAAAGCUGUCAAACCUUUUUUUUUAACUUACAUUAUUUCAUAUUGUCAUAUUUUGUAUUUGAGGGGAGUUUGUAAAUUAAAACAUUCUGUGGUUAUUACCAUUAAAUUAAUGUUCUGUCGAACUGACAUGCAGUAAUCUAUUAUUUGAUGCAUAUUGAAUGUUUGUUUUCUCGUUGUCUCAAACUCUUAUAUGGAUGUGUUCAGCAAUCUCUAGAACAUUUUACUUGAUCAUAAAUAUAAAGAAAUCUAAAUUCCCAUGGAAAUAUAAUGAGAUAAUAAAUACACAAAAUGUU